CCCGUGCGGUGAUGGCGAGGAAACCCCGUUGACAAGGCACUGCUUUUUCAUGACGCCCAGCUGUUGCAACAACGAAAGGGUGUUAAAUGACUGAGUCCAUGCUUCGUGCUGGAAAUCUGUGUCAUGGAUGAUGAUGACGAUCGCCGUCUUCUGGAUAUUUUAGGAGAUGUAGAUGCACUGAAUGACUAUCUCCAUGGCAGCAACAGCAAGUCUAUUGAGGAGGAUGAUGUAACAAAUGCAGCUUAUGGGUCUGAUGGAUCCCUCUUUGGUAACGACACAGCUGGCUCCAACACUGGCCUCAAAGAUGGCUCUUCUACAAUGGGUGAAUUUGGCGAGGAUUCAGCAGGGGCAGGCCUCCAGCUCUCUAGCAGCCUCUCAUUUAUUGAGGAUGAACUGGGGCCUGGAACCUCUCCUGGAGGGGUGGAUCUUGGGGGAGAGGACCAGCCCUUUGACAUCCUUCAGAAGUCCCUCCUGGAGGCCGAUAUCACCGAGCAAACCCUGGCCCAGGAAGCCUUACUGGACUCGCAGCCUGCUCCCACUCUAGUGCAGGCUCCUGUUCCCUUCUCCUCCCAGCUGGUCUCAGGGGGCUAUGGAGGAGGGGUGGGUGUGGUGACAACGGCGGCAACUACAUUCUCUUCAGGCCAGUUCCUGCAAGGAAUGUCCUCAUUGCCCAAUGGUUCUGCUCAGCCAAUCCAGGUAUUGGGUUCCUUUGGCACAGGUGGUGGAGUGAUGACUCUGAGCAGUUUAGAAAGAACACCACAGAUCGUGCUAAGGCCAGGGGUCUCUGUAGCUCCAGCAGGGACAACAACAGGGGGGCAGGUGUUUGCUCCCACCCAAGGGCAGGUAGGCCAAGUUGGCUUACCUUUCAAAAAUAUCCCCCUUCAAAAUAUCAUCAUACAGAGAGGCCCAGGAGGGGCCCAGACUCUCGUCAGACCAAUCCAGCCUAAGCCCCUCCAAACUGGGUCUCAGACUGUCUACAGCCUUGGUCUUCAGCCCACUUCUGCCACCAUGGCUAAUGUAGUGAAUGCUAACACUGCUGCUCCUGCAGGACAGUAUACAGCUAAUGGCUCCAUUGUAGUACAGCCACCCCUGGAGCAGCAACAAGCACCUACACUGACAAAUAUACCACCUGGACAGUUCUUGCUACCCAGCUCUUUGGCACUCACCCCAUCAAGCACCAUCCACAAUGGCCCCAUCACCCCCAACUCAAAUUCCCUAAUUACCAGUCAAAACACAGUGCAGAUCGUUGCGGCGCAGAACUUCACCACACCAACAGUGGGUCAGCUAAUUUUGAAUCAGGGAGUAGUGAGUGGGAGUCAGGUUGGAGGAGGUGUAGCUCAGAUGUGGACUGGAGUUUCUUGUGCGAACUCCACUCCUGUGCAGACAUCGAGCGCUGCUGGGCGACUGACUCUGGUUGGCCCAGCUACAGCCGGGAUCUGCAAUCAAAGUCAAGCGUCAACUAGUCCCGUGCAGCGCCUUCUAGUGACUCAAAGCCAGAACUGUACUUCUCUGUCCUCUUUACCUGGUAAUGUGACUCAGCAACAAGACUACAGACAGAAUUCGUCGUCACCUGCCCUCAAACAAGCACAUGUCAGCAGCAUCCACGCAAUCAAACCCUUGAAUCUGGAUUCGACGCUAAACUCUGAGGUCAGUGCACAGAAGAGGCCUAUCCUUCCCACACUUACAAAAGGAGAAAUGAUUUUACAGCAGCUAAGGAAGGAUCACGCUGCAGUUCAGAUCCCAGAUCGACGUCGAUUUUCUUCAGUUGACGACACACUCCUAAGACUCCUCCCGUACCAUGUGUUCCAGGGGGCUCCGCCCAGCCCAGAUGAGUUCUCCCAGGUGGAUGAGGAAUUUGAAGUAGUUGCAACUCAGGUGCUGAAGAGAACGCAGGCGAUGGUCAGCAAAUACAGACGACUGCUGAUGGUGGAAGCUGAGCGUUCCAGUCCAUCAUCAGAAAUGGUGAUGAUUGACAGGACUUUCAACCAAGAGGAGCGCAGCACCUUGACGCAAGACAAACGAAUGGUACUUGUGGACCCAGACAAUUUCUUGGAGGACUUCUGUUGUGGGACGAAAUCCAGACUUUUCCAAGACCCCACCCCGCCUCAGCCUGUAUCCAGCUGUAAUUUGAAUGAGUCAGAACAAGGCUCUCCGGAGCCACCAUACAGGACAGACUCCCAGCCUGGUUAUGGAGACCCAGGAGGGAGUGAGCCUGUAGGAUCUGGUUCAACAGAGAGACUCCACCCACCACACUUAGAAAACAAGACCAUGCUGGAACUGAAAAGAUCCCAGCAGCUCUACGGACCCAGCGGCAUCAGCAACAACAGCCUCAUUGCUGCCAACAGUUGCUCCCAUGCGUUUAGAAGAAGAGAAUACUGUCAGCAGUUUAAAUGACCCAGGAGGGUCGUUGAUUGUACGUAUCUUUGUCUGCCUUUUGCAUAUAAUUAUAUAUGGAUCAUAUCUUUCUGUCUAUGCUUUACUACCUUGAUGUGUGUGUGUGCGUGUGUGUGUGUUAGUUAAUUGACAACCAUACAUGCUAGUUUCCUGUAGUUUGGUAGUGUGAUUACCAUACUUUUGACUUUAUUGCCAGUCAUUUUCUUAGUUCCCCAGGAUAGUUUUCUUUUUAAGCAUUUUUCACACUUCCUCUCUUUUCCCUCUCAGCAGCACAACCAAAAUGAAUAGGAGGGACUGUGUUCUCAUCCAGAAUCAUCCACUAGUGUUUCCUCUGAACUUAGAAUGAUUACAUUUCUGGCUUUCUGGUUCUGUUUUUGCAGUAACAACAUAAGACAAAAGGUUUGAUUAAAUGCUUUCGGGGUUGAUUCUGGACGGCACCGCCUUUCUCCUAUGAACAUGUCUGUGAAAUAUGCUUGUUAAUAGGCUGCACAAACAGACUGAGGGCCUUUCAUAUGCGAUGAUAGAGAACCCCCCUUUUUUUAUUUUGAGUGCCAGUGGCAAUGGCAGCCUGCCUGCACCUCUGCCUCAGCCCUUGCACUCCAAUAAAACUGGGCUCUGCGCUUUGAAAGUAAAUCUCAAAAGACAAGUGAGGGUCAAGUGAGAUGUUGCGUAUGCUCCUCCAAGUGAUUGUUGCAAGAUUUUGUGCCUCUAUAGCACUUACAUCUACAAGGAUGUUCAUUUUAGGCUUUGAAAGCAGGAACAUGCCCAGUGUUGGUAAAACAUUGUGCUACCAGAAUGCACACCAUGGUCUUGAGGGGCUGCUAGGAACAUACUGUGCUUUCUCUCACCUAUUAUAUUAUGUAUAUAUAUUAUGUGAAACAGACAAGCAAAAAGCUGGGCCAUCAGAGAUGUUUUUCUGCCUUCAUGUUCACUGUUGUUCUGUCCCACUUGAUUUAUAUAGUUUUUUUUUUUUUGUAUAAAAAUGAAAAGUUAGAAACAAAAUAUUUAUAAUUUUUGUACGAAGAAAAAGAAUGUAAA